CACAACCACGUUACCAAACACUGAAGGGGAGUUCUGUAAUACCAGCGUGUGUCAGACUUACAUGAUCCUGUUGCCAUACUGAAGGUACGUCGUCCAUAUGAUCGCAAGGAAAGUUUGCUGAGCGCAAGGACUCAACUGCGGUGUCAUUGUGCAACAUACGAAGCAUAACAACCAUGAAGUCCCUCGUUUGUAUCUCUUCGUCCGUCAGGGCCGCAUGUCAGCAUGCCUCGGCGUGUUUUACUCUUAAUCGUGGCCUUAUCCUUUGUAAUUCGGUGGGCAGAUGCCCGAAUGCCAGCAAAACUAUAGUUGUGCAACCGCGCGUAACCGGUAUGCGCUGUAUCCAAACAACGCGCGGCGCAGCGGUCCAGUUGGCGAGCGCUGGCCCUCUCCACACUCCCGUGCCCAUGCCAGGAAAAAGACUGGAUGAAGUGACCACGUACCACACUGGAACGCUACUGAAGCCAGCAAGAGCAGCCCCAAAAAUCUCUCCCUACGCUCCGUAUUCCAACCCACGGAGCAAUGCAGCUGCACGAGUCAACAUCCAGUCUCUGUUUGAUGAGGAUGUUGUCCCCGAGCUGUGCUCCAGGCUGGCAGGCUACCCCAGCAAUGACAGGGCAGAGGGACUGGCCAUUUUACUUGGCGCAUGUGUGGAGGUUGGCUUGGAAGCCCACAGCCCCCCGGCCUUCAGACUGAUGAAUGAGUGUGUUGAGCUCCUGUCCAGCAGGGACGUCGGGGUGGCACAGCUCUGCCUCCUGGGUAAGGUGGCGUGCGCCCUGGAAGGUCCCCAGUCAUGCGUGGUGAAAGAGGUCCUGGACUGUAUCGAUGUGGCUGUAGAGGAGGGCGGUGUCUCUCCCUGCGAUGCUGCCACCGUCUACUCCCUGCUGACCCUGAUUUACGAGCCAGACAACCUGCAGCAGCGGCUGAUUCUGUCUGCUUUACACAGACGCACACAAAGGCUGAUCCACCGGCUGACGGCCAGUCAAGUCAUUGACAUUCUGCAGUCUCUGGUGAAGUUACAGCAGAGACAGGCUAUUUUGUUGGUGUUGAGGCUCAGUCACAGGGCAUCACGGGUCUUCAAAGCUUUAAGCGAUGAUGAAAUCAUUAAGUUACUCUCUGCCCUAAUGACUUUGGGACAGCAUGACAAUGAGCUCCUGGCUGCUAUGGAGAAAUACCUGCCAGCGAGGCUGGGCGAGUGCGAUCCAGAGUUGAACAGCACCAUCAUGGAGUACUGUCUGCAAAUGAGGUGUCGCUCCGAGCCAGUCUUUGAAGCCGUGGCUGAAAACUUUGCAUUCAAUGGAGAGAAGCACACUACCCUUCAGAUAGCUAAACAGAUAGUUGCCAUGGGGAGACUCAACUACCUGCCGCAGUGCUCCAGUCAGAUGUUUAAAAAGUUGGAGAGCAUUUUGUCAACGAGGUUUUCCGAAUUUCAGCCUCGCUCGCUGAUAGAUAUGUUGCACGCCUGCAUCCACCUGGAACGCUUCCCGCUCAACUACAUACAUAAAAUCUUCAGCCCUCACUUCCUACAGAAGAUUCAUGCACAAAAGGAGCCGAUGGACAAGAACACACUGGGACAACUGACACAGCUCCAUCUCUCCACCACAUUAGAGUGCAAACACUACGGGGGUCCAAAACUGCCCUUCUUCCCUUACCUGAAGAGGUUUUCCUCUAUGGACCAAGCCUUUGAGACCCCUAUGGAGAAUCUGAUGUACAAACAGGUCAAAGGGCCACUUAUACAGCUGCUGGGGGGAAAACUGUUCUCCACCAGGACCUCAGCUCACAUUGGAUACACUAUAGAUGUGGAGAUAUGCUUGGAUGAGGAUGGAUUUGUUCUGCCUCUGUCUGAGUGGGAGCACAUUAGCAAAAGAAUUGCACUGUGUCUGGAUGGACAGAACCGUUUCUGCAGCAACACACAUAACCUGCUGGGCAAGGAAGCCACUAAGAGGAGACAUCUCCGCAGCAUCGGCUAUGAGGUGGUGCAGAUUCCUUAUUUUGAAUUUGAGAAGCUGAGAACUUCAAAGGAACAGGUCCAAUAUCUGCAAGACAAGAUCUUUCCCACCAUCACAAAGUUGAGUCAUCAGUCUUAGUUACCUUAAAGGUUUAAAUUUAAACCAAAGAGUGACAAAAGUGGGAGGACACUAAUAUUACUGUAUGGUAAUAGCUAUUGGAGAUAACUGUUGGCUUUUUUCUGUAGUCACAUAACCUUAACAAUCUGCCUUAUGUUCAGCGGAAAACUGAUGGUUUCUGUCAAGGAAAUAGAGAGAGAAACAAAUGUUGUUAGGUCCUUAUACAGAUGUUUGGGCCUUGACUUAGAGUGCAGAUUCUCAGAUAAUUGAAAGUAUUCACAUCCAAAUUAGAGAAAAGGUGCAGGAAUUAGACACAUAUUAAUACAUGGUCCCAUAUACUCCAAAGUGUUGAUUGAACGUAAAUAUUUGAGAGUAAAUCAUUCAUGAUCAUCAAUCAAUCCCAGCAACAGUUUCCAAAUAUCAAUAUAUAAAUAACACCUUCAGACCUUUUACGUGUUUCACUGAUGAAGACAUAGUGAUGGACUAUACCACACAUGAUCACGAAACAGCAUUUGAGACAAACGUCCAUCACUUUUUAGCCGUCAAAAAUAACAGACUGUAUAAAAAAAUGUUUGUAAUUCCAACAUUUUCCUCCAUUUCGGAUGUAAAUACCCUGACACUUAAAGCAUGAGGGAGUCUCCACUUUAACUGUAACUGUAACUUGAAUAUGUUUUUUUAUAAAAAGUUAAAAGAACAAAAAACGUCUCAGUGUCGAAAUAGACCUAACUGAAUCUAAUUUUUGUGCAAUAAGAUUCUUUUUAUCUUGAAGCUGCUGCUGAGGGGUAGUUGAAAAGUAUUUUUCCUAUUUAUAAUUAUGAUAGUUUUCCAUACUGCUGUUAAUUCAUUAAGUUGUCUCAUUAAGUUGAAAUGAGUGACUGAUUCAUUUAAGCACAAAAUAUGUAAUAAUAUGUAGAUAUUAUCAAGUGGAAUAGAAGUGGUAUGUAUUGAAUGUCCUUGCUUUAUGCCAUAGCAUUUGUGUUUUGGGAUAGGAAAAAGUAUGUUGCCUCACUGACCCAAAAAAGAAAAUGUUUAAAGGUGUAUGUAACAUACAAUAUGUUUUUAAUUUAUGAAAAUAAAAGACUUAAGAGCUUCACAGUA